UUAGGUCAUCAGUCGAAAAAGCUUUGGGAUGAUGACCCUCACAGAGAUGGCCAACACAAGAUGUUCCAUCAUGGCUGGACCACUAGGGACGACACUUGGACUAGCGGACCUUCAGAAACGUCCAAUCAGAUUGGUGUUAACAUGGUAGAGUACGUUCUGGGAGGGUCUCCGAACAAAAUGGAGUCUGGUGCACUUAGUAGGAUCAAGUCAUUUCAAGAUCCGAAUGUGGGGGAGGACAAGAAGAGCAAGACUCCGUCUCCCUUUGAAGAUGGUGGUGGCGAUGAAGGGAAAGAUCUGCAGGCUAAUGGCAUGAUGUCAAAUGGUUUGGAUGAAGGUGCAUUUCGAGGAAGCAGACAGACAUCACCUGCAGAUGAAGAGCGACAAGGACAUGUGGGUAUGUCCAUGGAACAUCAGAAACUCCACUUACGAGAUGCCGGCGACUUUAUGGAUGGUUCCCACCACUCAGUGGGAUAUGGGCUCGACACUCACCAGCAUCACCACCACCAUCAUCAUCAUCCUCAGUUUGAACAGGUGGGCAUUGAUCCUCUCCAGUACGGUGGCGAUUUCGGCAGUCAGUUGAUCCCCAGUAUGGAUAGUCCAAACAGUUAUAACAUGGAUUAUAGCCAGCAGCUGUUACAGCGACAGCAGCAGCAAAUUGCCAUGCUGACCCCUCAGCAACCCUUCACCCUGCCCGGACAGCAACCGCUAGGGGUUGCAGGUCCAAACCCUAUCACGCAAGGACCGUAUGUACUAGCUCAGGAUCCAUACGUGGCAGCGGGCGUUCCGUUCGCAGGCCCUUCAUUAAUGCAUCAGUACUACCAGAUCCCAAUGAUGUUUCCUACUGCCAACAUCCCCAACAUCAUGCAGGGACAGCAAGCUCCACAGACUCUACAGCAGCAGCAACAGCAGCAUCAUCAUCACCAGCAACAGCAGAUGCUUCGCGCCCAGGCUGGCUCACCGGCUCAGCAGAAUGAUCUUAUUGGCUCUACUUCAAACCAGAUGACAACCCAGGCCAUGCAGACAAACGCAGGUUAUCAGUUGAUGGCUCCCACCUACAUUGACCAGAAUGGACAGAUUGUCAACCCCAGGUUGCUGGGACCCCAGGUCCGGCUGGUUUCUCCUGCACCUCUGUUGGUGAACCCUGGAUCACAGCAGCAAGGGGCUUCCAAUCAGCUAGCCAGCAACAACCCGCUACGCCUGCUCACCACACAGGGCCAGCAGACGCCACCAGUAGCUAGCAACACUCCAGUCACUGGACAGAACAAUCUAGGUUACUCCCCUACAAGCAACCUGGGCUACACCCAGGUCACUGCCAGCCUUUUCACCCCCAUUUCCACAAACAUGGCACUGUCAGCUCCUCAGCAGAAUGGGUUUUCCAGCAACGCUCUUGGUGGACUAGGCUCAGCAGCUCCAGGAACUAUAGGGCAGAGAAGAGAAUCUUUUGAAAUGAAACGCCAGCAGCAGAUAUCGGCAAUGGGAGGCUAUUAUGCCCCUUUGCCUGGCAUGGCCAGCUCGCCUGCAGGCAGCAUUGCUAGCAUGAUGACCGGAGCCCAGUCGAUGACACCGCCUCCUUCCUUGUCCGGCUCUACCUCUAAUCUCACGCUAGGGUUAAAUAUUGGUGGAAGACCUUACUCUGCAGCACCAGGAGCUGAAGCUGCCAAGUUCAGAAACCCAGGAUUAGUGUCGCCCCAUGGUGGCCUUUUCGGGAACACCUUUUUUCAAAACAGAACACUGGCCCCAAGGAGUGCCAGCUUAUCUAAGGAGGUGACUGGUCGAAGCCGUCUGCUGGAGGACUUCAGAAACAACCGUAUCCCCAACUUGACCCUGAAGGACUUGGUCAACCAUGUUGUUGAGUUCUCCCAGGAUCAACAUGGCUCUAGAUUUAUUCAGCAAAAGCUGGAGCGAGCCACCCCACAGGAAAAGGUCAUGGUGUUCGGCGAGAUCCUCUCUGCCGCCUACUCUCUAAUGACCGACGUGUUUGGUAACUACGUCAUCCAGAAGUUUUUCGAGUUUGGAACGCCCGAGCAGAAGCAGACCUUGGCACAAAGAGUUCGAGGUCAUGUGCUUCCUCUGGCCUUGCAGAUGUAUGGUUGCCGGGUGAUUCAGAAGGCUCUGGAAUCCAUCCCCGCCGACAUGCAGGUGGAGAUUGUCAAGGAGCUCGACGGCCACGUACUCAAGUGUGUCAAGGACCAGAAUGGAAACCAUGUCGUCCAGAAGUGUAUUGAAUGUGUGGACCCUAAAUACCUGCAGUUCAUUAUUGAUGCGUUUAAGGGACAGGUGUUCAACCUGUCAACACAUCCCUACGGCUGCCGGGUGAUCCAGCGCAUACUGGAGCACUGUACCCCGGAGCAGACCACCCUGGUCCUGGAGGAGCUGCACGAGCACACGGAGCGUCUGGUGCAGGACCAGUAUGGCAACUACGUCAUCCAGCAUGUCCUGGAGCACGGCCGCAUGGAGGACAAGAGCAAGAUUGUCAACACCAUCAGGGGCAAGGUGCUGGUGCUGAGUCAGCACAAGUUUGCGAG